AUGAUCGAAAACGCGAUAGCAGCGGUCUUCAAAGCUCAGGCGUCUUUCCUGGCUGCCAUCCCCACGGCCGCCUACCAGCCGCCUCCUCCUCCCCCCGCCGCGCCUCCGCCCCCUGCCCCCUGCAGCGGGGUUACCUGUCACGGGGAGCCCGCUAAAUUUUACGGAUACGAUAACUUACAGAGACAGCAGAUUUUUACGACACAGCAAGAGGCCGAGCUGGUACAAUAUCCUGACUGUAAAUCGUCCAGUGCUAAUAUUGGCGAGGAACCAGACCACUUAAAUCAGAGCUCGUCUCCUGCUCAAAUGUUUCCCUGGAUGAGACCACAAGCAGCGCCGGGUAGGAGGAGAGGAAGACAAACAUACAGCCGAUUCCAGACUCUAGAGCUGGAAAAGGAGUUCCUCUUUAACCCCUAUCUGACCAGGAAGAGGAGGAUCGAGGUGUCCCACGCACUAGGACUCACCGAAAGGCAGGUAAAGAUCUGGUUUCAGAACAGGAGGAUGAAAUGGAAAAAAGAGAACAACAAGGACAAAUUCCCCGCUUCCAGACAGGAGGGAAAGGAAGGGGAAGCCAAAAAGGAAGCACAUGAUCUGGAAGAAGACAGAGCUGAAGGCCAGACGAAUUAAAAAUUGCCCUAAAAGCCGUUGUGAAAAGCUACAAAAAAUAACCAGCGCCAUAGCCCAACAUCUCGGCCCGUCUCCCACUGUACGUGGUACUGCCGUGGGACGAGUGACCCCGUGUCCCUCCGCUUGACAUUUCUCUGCUUCGGGUGCUU